UCUGUGGGGUGCGUGGAGGAUGGCGGUGACGAGGAAACGACUGGCCCUUUUGGUCCUGUGCGGCUCCGCUGUGCUGGUGCUGUACGCGACGACCAACGACGAGCUGAUGCGCGAGAUGCCGAUUUUUCAGCCCCUCGACAUGGACGUGCAAUGUUACAAGGAGCCCUCGGCCAAGGGUGCCUUCGACAACUUCGACUUUCGAGCCGAGCAAGCCCGUCUCUCGUCGGGCAAGAACAUCUUCUUCCACGAGACCUCGUGCUUCGGCCGCGAGACAAACCACCAGCUGGAGUUCAACUGCCGGCAAGCCUGUGCCGUAGAAUCCGCGGCUCGAGCCAACCCGGGAAUGUCGGUGAAUUUGCUGUUCCUCAGUCCAUCGGCGCCGUCCAAUCGCACCCGGAAAUUGUUGGAUCUCCUGCUGCGCUACGACAACGUGAGGGUCAAGAGGAUACUGGUUGACGAUUACAUCAAGGAGUCGCCGUUGGAACGGUGGUACGAGGACGGGGUGCUCGGGACUAGCCGCUGGCCCAGGAGCCACAUGUCCGACAUUCUGAGGUAUCUGACCCUGUGGAGGUUCGGGGGCGUCUAUCUCGACCUCGACGUCGUUAUUAUCAAGUCCAGGGGCUGCAUGGCGAGGACUCCUAUAGAAAAUACACAGGGCAAAGCCAAAGACAUGACGGUGAGACGCUGCAACGGCUUCGAGGUGUUCCCACCCCCGGCUUUUUAUCCGAUAUUCUACAAAGAGUGGCAGCGCUACUUCACCGAGGAAAAGGCGAACGAGACGAUGCACCUGAUCAAGCAGGCGAGGGCGAUACACGUCUGGAACAAGCUCAGCACCUCGGAGGUGGUGCACAUGGGCAGCAGAGUUCCCUACGCCCUCGUCGCCGAGAAGCACUGUCCUCGGGCUUAUUACGGCUGUGGCGCGACUUUUUGAUGAUGGACCAACUCGUGUCCACGGCCUAACGUCAUUGGAGAUUUUUUAUUUCGUCGCGCCGACACAGUAGGUAAUGUAUGUAUAAAAAAAACUUGCUCAGAACAAGCUUUUGUGUAUGUUUUAGACAAUGACAUUGUUUUUCGAACGAGUAAAACAUACACCGUACCGUUAAGAUAGCUAAGACUGACAUUCUCAUUAAAACAAUUAAAAAAAAAAAAAAAAA